AUGACACAACGAGCAAUUCUCCUGGGACUGGCACUCGUGUCGGCCCUCGCACUCCACGCCGCUGCCAUCAACUCCACAGAGCCGGCGCCCUACGAGGAUGCAUUUGAAGUCCUCGGACGCACGGAUCAGCCUACUGCCAGUCAGGGACAGCCUCAACCCAGCGAUGAAGAUCAGAACCGAGAUGUCGCGGAAUCUCUCGAAGCAAAAGACGACCCAGCCAAGACCAACUUCUCACUUCGUGGCUCAAGCGGGAGGCCCGUCAACGAACAGGAAGGUCUGGAGAAGAACACACACCUGACAAAAACUGUCGGGCAAACCAGCUCUCUAACUGAGGAAACCGUCUCCAGUGAAUCCUCCUCCUUUACAGAGGAGCCAUUUUCCGAUUUAGACGACGAAGCCGCACUGCAGGCUCUCAGCGACUUCUUCAACAGACUUGCAUCUCAAGCUACGACUUCCCCUCUCGCCCCAGAGACCACCACAGACUCUGAUGAGCAGGCCGUUUUCGAUCCCCAGGAGCAGGCCCCGCAGGAGAACGUCGCUCCUGAGCCUCAGGAGGAGGUAGCCGCCACCACCGAGGAGGAGAACGUCGCUCCUGAGCCUCAGGAGGAGGUAGCCGCCACCAGCGAGGAGGAGUCCGUCGAGCCUGAGCAGCAGCAGCACCAGACCCCGGAAGAGAACGUCGCUCCUGAACCUCAGGAGGAGGUAGCCGCCACCACCGAGGAGGAGAACGUCGCUCCUGAGCCUCAGGAGGAGGUAGCCGCCACCAGCGAGGAGGAGAACGUCGAGCCUGAGCAGCAGCAGCAGACCCCGGAGGAGAACGUCGCUCCUGAGCCUCAGGAGGAGGUAGCCGCCCCCACCGAGGAGGAGAACGUCGCUCCUGAGCCUCAGGAGGAGGUAGCCGCCACCACCGAGGAGGAGAACGUCGCUCCUGAGCCUCAGGAGGAGGUAGCCGCCACCAGCGAGGAGGAGAACGUCGCUCCUGAGCCUCAGGAGGAGGUAGCCGCCACCACCGAGGAGGAGAACGUCGCUCAUGAGCCUCAGGAGGAGGUAGCCGCCCCCACCGAGGAGGAGCACGUCGCUCCUGAGCCUCAGGAGGAGGUAGCCGCCCCCACCGAGGAGGAGAACGUCGCUCCUGAGCCUCAGGAGGAGGUAGCCGCCACCACCGAGGAGGAGUCCGUCGAGCCUGAGCAGCAGCAGCAGACCCCGGAGGAGAACGUCGCUCCUGAGCCUCAGGAGGAGGUAGCCGCCCCCACCGAGGAGGAGAACGUCGCUCCUGAGCCUCAGGAGGAGGUAGCCGCCACCACCGAGGAGGAGAACGUCGCUCCUGAGCCUCAGGAGGAGGUAGCCGCCACCACCGAGGAGGAGUCCGUCGAGCCUGAGCAGCAGCAGCAGACCCCGGAGGAGAACGUCGCUCCUGAACCUCAGGAGGAGGUAGCCGCCACCACCGAGGAGGAGAACGUCGCUCCUGAGCCUCAGGAGGAGGUAGCCGCCACCACCGAGGAGGAGAACGUCGAGCCUGAGCAGCAGCAGCAGACCCCGGAGGAGAACGUCGCUCCUGAGCCUCAGGAGGAGGUAGCCGCCACCACCGAGGAGGAGAACGUCGCUCCUGAGCCUCAGGAGGAGGUAGCCGCCACCACCGAGGAGGAGAACGUCGAGCCUGAGCAGCAGCAGCAGACCCCGGAGGAGAACGCCGCUCCUGAGCCUCAGGAGGAGGUAGCCGCCACCACCGAGGAGGAGAACGUCGCUCCUGAGCCUCAGGAGGAGGUAGCCGCCACCACCGAGGAGGAGUCCGUCGAGCCUGAGCAGCAGCAGCAGCAGACCCCGGAGGAGAACGCCGCUCCUGAGCCUCAGGAGGAGGUAGCCGCCACCACCGAGGAGGAGAACGUCGCUCCUGAGCCUCAGGAGGAGGUAGCCGCCACCACCGAGGAGGAGAACGUCGCUCCUGAGCCUCAGGAGGAGGUAGCCGCCACCACCGAGGAGGAGUCCGUCGAGCCUGAGCAGCAGCAGCAGACCCCGGAGGAGAACGCCGCUCCUGAGCCUCAGGAGGAGGUAGCCGCCACCACCGAGGAGGAGAACGUCGCUCCUGAGCCUCAGGAGGAGGUAGCCGCCACCACCGAGGAGGAGUCCGUCGAGCCUGAGCAGCAGCAGCAGCAGACCCCGGAGGAGAACGUCGCUCCUGAGCCUCAGGAGGAGGUAGCCGCCACCACCGAGGAGGAGAACGUCGAGCCUGAGCAGCAGCAGCAGACCCCGGAGGAGAACGUCGCUCCUGAGCCUCAGGAGGAGGUAGCCGCCACCACCGAGGAGGAGAACGUCGCUCCUGAGCCUCAGGAGGAGGUAGCCGCCCCCACCGAGGAGGAGCACGUCGCUCAUGAGCCUCAGGAGGAGGUAGCCGCCCCCACCGAGGAGGAGAACGUCGCUCCUGAGCCUCAGGAGGAGGUAGCUGCCACCACGGAGGACGAGGGAGCGCCGACUGGUGAGCAAGUUCUUGAAGGUGAGGGGCAGAGCCGAGAGGAGGAAGAGACUCCUGUUUCUGAGGAGGUCUAA